AUGGUGGUGCCUCUUGUCAUGGCGUGCAGGUGGAGAGCAAAUUCCAGGCAACACCCAAGCUCUGGAGGCUUGAGAGCCUACAUGUCACUCCCUCUCUUCUUCAUCCUAAUAACCACAGAGAACUCAGUGGGUGCUGCUCAGUUGGAGAAUUCUACUUUCCCAGGCACUGUCUCUUGCCAUGAAGAUGGAAUGAUAAUGGCAUUACCAAGAGAUUUUGGUGCCAAGAAAUGGCAUGCAUCUGUGGUGGAUUCCCUUGGUCUUGAAGUAAUGAACUGUACUUACAUCCUGGACCCAGAAAAUCUCACCCUGAGUGCCCCAUAUGAAAAUUGUACCAGAAAAGUGCAUAAUGAGUACCAGAUGACCAUCAGACUCAUGGACAACAAUGCUACUACAAGCCACAGAGCCACCACAUAUCAGAUCAGCUGUCCAAUUAUGAAACCACAAAAGCGCCUGUCCCAAUGGAUUAUAGGAUCCACAAACUGCAUGAAGGAUUUCAUGUCUAGAACUCUUCUGCUGGGAUGGAUCCUUAACAUCGGUGAGGGUCCAGGCCGAAAUCUGACCCUUGGGGAAGCCAUGAAACAAGGAUACACUGCCCUGAUUGACAGUGGCAAGCUGAUGCUCCAAGUGUCAUUCAAUGCUACUGGAGUGACUCACUAUAAGCAAGAUAACAGUCAUCUCUAUAUGGUACCUCUGAUGCUUAUAUAUGAUUCUCCGGGGCAAAUAAUGAUAUUUCGGACACGAAUGAUUUGCGUGACAGAUCAUGUGACAUGUAAUGCCACACACAUGACUCUCACCAUACCAGAAUUUCCUGGGAAGUUAAAAGCUGUGAGCACUGAAAAUGGGGACAUUGAAGCGAGCCAGUUGCAUGACAAUGGGAUUGAUGUAGAAACAACAAAUGGCUUGAGACUGCAUUUCAGUAAAAGCUUCUUCAAAACAAAAAUGUCUACAACAUGUCUAUCCUUUCAGUUCUAUAUCUCGCUCAAGCUGACUUUUCGCUUUAAUCAGGAGACUGUCUCCAUGGUAAUUCAUCCUGAAUGUCCCUGUGAAUCACCAGUUUCUAUAGUUACAGAUGAGCUGUGUACACAAGACGGCUUCAUGGAGUUGGAGAUCCACAGCCACCAAACUAGACCAGCUCUUGACUUGGAUACCCUCAGAGUGGGAGACUCAUCUUGCCUGCCUGUCUUCAAGGCUCAGUCUCAGGGGCUGGUACGGUUUCACAUACCCCUGAAUGGAUGUGGAACAAGACAUGAGUUUAAAGAAGACAAAGUCAUCUAUGAAAAUGAAAUACAUGCUCUCUGGGCAGAUCUUCCUAGCAAAAUUUCCAGAGAGAGUGAAUUCAGAAUGACAGUGAAGUGCUAUUAUAGCAGCAGUGAUGUGCUAAUAAACAUCAAUGUUGGAAAUCUUCCUCCUCCACUAGCUCCAGUGAAGCCAGGUUCACUUGCUUUCAUCCUGCAAACCUACCCAGAUAACUCUUACCAACAACCUUAUGGUGACCAUGAGUACCCUUUGGUUAGGUACCUCCGCCAACCAAUUUACAUGGAAGUGAAAGUCCUAAACAGGACUGACCCCAAUAUCAAGCUGGUCAUAGAUGACUGUUGGGCAACAGCCACCAUGGACGCAGCCUCUCUCCCCCAGUGGAAUAUUAUUAUGGAUGGCUGUGAAUACAACCUGGAUAACUACCAAACCACCUUCCAUCAAGUGGGUUCCUCUGUGACCCAUCCUGAUCACUAUCAGAGGUUUGAUGUGAAGACCUUUGCCUUUGUCUCAAGAACUCAAGCAUUGUCUAGCCUGGUGUACUUCCACUGCAGUGCCUUAAUCUGCAACAGUCUCUCUCCUGAUUCCCCUCUGUGUUCUGUGACUUGCCCUAGACCAUUGAGGAGGAGGAGAGACACAGGGGCCACCGAAGAAGAGAAAGCAACCGUAAGCCUCCCGGGACCCAUCCUCUUGUUAUCAGACAGCCCUUCACUCAGAGAUCUUGGGGACUCUAAAGGACACAGGACCACUGAAGACAUCAGUUUUAAAUCAAUGGUUGUCAUGGCUGCCUUAGCAGGUGUUGUGGCAACUCUAAGCCUUGUUACUUAUCUACACAAGAAAAGAACCAUGAGUCCCUAA